UUCGGAAAAUAAUAUCCAAAUAUUCAAUAAUCGAUUGAAUAUUUGGAUAUUCAGAUAUCAGCACAGCCCUACUGUUUACGGGUCUGCCAAUAGACUGGCUUAAGAGGGAUUCAUUCAAUUGAUUUUACUCACACCUUCAUUCUCUGCUACUUGAAUCUCUCAUUUCUUCCCUUUCUGUGGUCCUUUUUUUUCUCUUUUUUUAUUUUUAGUGUAAUUUAUUGCUUGUCUGUGUACAUGUGGGACUCUAUAGAUUCCCAUUCUAACAUUUGGACACCCAAUCACAAACAACUGUUUAUAAAGAGGAGAUUUGUAGAGUCCUACUUACUUGAACCACUUGUUCUACAUGUAUGCUUGGACUGUUGCUUGCCCACUUUCUUUCUCUUACAAAAUGGUUCUCUCCAACGGCAUUGGAACAGUUUCAAAGUGGGAGGGGAACCAGUUACGAGACCUUUCGGUGUGAAUCACACAUUUGUUGGGUUCGAUAGGUAACUACAAAAUUUGAUCAAUGGGUAUUGUCUUCCUUUGGUGAGGAAAGAAUCAACCUACCACCUCCACCACCAGAAUGCCUUCUGACAGUUAUUCCACUCUCUCCACCACCAGAAUGCCUUCUGACAGGUAUUCCACUCAGCAUGUCCUUAGUUUCUGCCUCAUCUGCCUGCUUCUGAGCUGUGCUGUGGAGCAAGCAGGCAGUACAGACAAUGUGACAGAAGGGGUGAGGGCUAGGUACCCAAACCCCUGGCAAGACCCAGAGCAAUGCCGAAGGACAGACACGGAGAAGUCUUGGAUUUGUGAUGUGGACGGAGUGCUUCCAAAAGAACAGGCUGAUAGCAUUGAUUCUCUCCUGGUCAGCAUCAAUGCCAAUGCAUCGUGCGUUUGCAACUGCAGCGGUAACACGACAUUUCUGUUUGCUGACGAGGGAUAUGUGAUGGGCGUGGCUGUGGUGACAAGUCUGGAGGAGGAUUUAUCUGUUGCCAAUCGGACUUAUCAUCUGGAGAGAUUCGGAGAAUCCAUCAGGCAAGACUGGUUUGCUAACCGCACUUGUGAUGACAGCAUCCUUAUCCUGGUACAUUACAUGUACAACUGCUCAAAGAUCCACAUCUCCAUCGGUGUUGCUUUUGACAACCUUCUCUCCAGCCAGUCCCUGUCUUCCAUUUACGAAGCUGCCCAGCCAAGCCUCGGCACGGGAAACAUUGGGCAAGCCCUCCCCAUCACUGUCCAGAAGCUGGACGCAGUCAUUGAUAAGGCGAUGACCACGCCCACUGAGCCUCCUCCCCCAAAUAACUUGGUUUGGGGAAUACUCGGUGUGAUUGCCGUUACGUCCAUACUGCUCUUUCAUUACUGGAUCAAAUACUGAUUCCAGUGAUUGAAUUGAUUCAGAUUUUAUUUUAUGACUAAGUUUCACGUCUGUAGUUUUGUAUUCCCCUUCACAAAAGCAAAGCCAGACUGUCAGUGUCGAGAUAUCUUUCAAGGUCUGGUAGGUGAAACAUCUUUAAAAGUGAAGAGAAAAAAGUAACAGUUGCUUUGUAAUGUAACAUUUAUGAAAUACACUAUUUUGAUAGGUACAAGAAUACUGUAUGUAAUUUUGUUUAUAAUCUUCUGAAAAUGAAAAAAGAAAAUGUGCAAUCCUCAGUAAACGUGUUUCCAACCCUGAGAUAAUUUUAGUCCAUUUUCAAAGAGAAGGGCACCUUUUAUGAUACCCUAUACUUGCAUAUACUGUGACCUAGUGAUGCCAAGAUCAAAAUUCCCAUGAACUACUUUGAAAUAAUGAUUGAGUUAGGAAAAAAAUUCAUAUUAUAUUUUUUACUGUCACUGGAGCAUGUACCUCAUCAGUUGCAUAUACUAAAUAGUUGCUCUGGCAGUUUCAAUCUUCAUCUAUUUUUAGUUUUUAGUUUAAGUUUAUUUCCAGCUUUUCAGUUUCGACCAGCAUUAGCUAGGAUGAAAUGGAGAAAGUAGUAAUAUUUGGUAUUCACGUUGUUCUACCGGUCCAUCUUGUGUGAAAUCUGUGACUUACAUGUACUUCACACAAAACAAUCUUCCACAACUGCAAAUUACAUGUAGAUGUACAGAGGUGUGAGUGACCAGUUAAAAGCAAAGCUGAAAAAAAAGCUGUCAAAAAGCUGAAAUGUAAAAAGUUCUCAUACAAUUUCUGUACAGACCAGGUGUACAAAAAUGCUGCAAUUAAGGAUCAACAUCUAAAGGAAAAAAUUUUCAGCUAAAAAGCUGAAUUCUCCCACCCCCAUUAGAACAAAAAGGCGUUUGGCUGGGCCACUUCAGUUUGAACCACGCCCACUGCACAUGCAGAUACAUGACCAUCGUAGGUACGUUAGUUCGCGGUAAGUCGUGCAGUACCACUGACAGAUCACAUGCCCAACAAUAAUGCACGUGGCAUCUGUCAGUUUGAGCUAUUUCAUUCUCUUCACUCCAUUUCAUUUUAUAAAGGAAAUGGGCUCAAUCAGCUCAAGAACUAAAGCCCAACGUCAUAGCUCUGCUACAAGUACAACCAGUGCUGUAGAAGACUCCAUCACAAGUCCCUUCACAACAGUGUGGUAUUUGUUCCCUAGUACCUUCCAUGUACUCACACUCAUGCAGUACUCAUACUCACACAGUACUCGUACUCCUGCAUUACUCACACUCAUGCAGUACUCAUACUCAUGGAAAUGAACUCCACUACAACACUGCUUCACAAGCCCUUCCAAAAGACCAGUUAUGAGUAACAUGGUGAACAAUGACAAAGGAAUGCUCAUAUCACGGUUCAUUUGAGUAGUUUGUGACUUGGUUGGGAAUGGAUGACUUGUGAUGGACUUGUGAUGUAAAGGACUAUGACACUGCUGCUUACCCCUAAAUGUGAUAUUCAAGAUAAGCAUUCUCAGUGGUGACAGAGCUCAUUUAGAAAUUGGACGCUGACCAAGUAGGCACAGAAUUCUUGUGGAUGUGUACAUGUGUAUACAUGUAACCCAAGUUUCUGCGCUGAACAGUGAAACAUUGUAGCCAGUAGCACUGAACUGUCUACUGUGGUCAGCAGACUUCUAUUCUUUUUCCUUACAAUAAGCAGUACCAUGAAAUUGAGCCAGGUUUAUGCAAAAUAAUGUCAAUUGUGGAUAUAUAUUUUACAGAGUUUACUGUAUUUAUAAAACCCUGUCUUUGCCCGAUUGUGCCUAGUGAGUAGUUUCAUGUGCCAGUCUAGUCUUCCAUUAUGAGAUUGUACACAGAGUAAAAGUAUACAUUGUAUUUGGUUAAUUUCUUAAAUUAGAGAAUGGCGAUUGUAUCCGUGACACUGCGGUGGCAGUGGAGACAAGAAGAUUAGUGGUAAUAGUACUCUGCUGUUGAGUGUGUUGGAUGUGAGGUAAAAACCACUCUACAAUAAUUACAUGUAGUUAUUACCCAGUGUUAUCUCAAAUGAAAAUCUCAUUGAAGUCCCGAAUUUUUCCCAAGUUGGCUGUCCAACAGAAGGAAGUUUUGACAAUGCGUGAGCUGUGGCAACAUUGGGCAGGUUUUAUUGAGAACUGUGACAAACCAGACAUUGCCUGCAUCUCUUGUUGGGUGCCUUCUUCGUUAUGGCAUGUUGAAUGAAGUUCUCAUGGACACCCAUUUAAAUGUACCACACAGGCAAUAACAACCAGGUGUUCACCGGUGUUUUUUUUUUUCUAACUGUCAGCCAGUGUGAUAACCGUCAAACAUUCCAUUGUACGUGUAUAUGAGAUAUUGAUGAACAGUUGUCAAAUUGAUGUAAAGAUGUAAUGAUUAUUUACAUUGUAUUUUGUGGGUGUAUAAAUGAAUCUGAAAAUCUAUUUUUGAAGAAAAUGAAUUAUUACCAUAUAUGGCGCGGUGUGCAGUGUGAUGCAUAAAAUGAAAUUCUCAAAUGUUUUACUGUAAUUUCAUUCAGACUUGCAAAUUACAUGUAAUUAUGAAUA